AUGAGGUUUCCUUUCGUGCCCCCGUUGACGCUGUUGGUGCUCACCGUGGAUAGCGCAGCGGCUGUGUGUUCAUCAUGGCUAAAGCAGAUCAACCUUACUAUGUGCAACUGGCAAAGUUUGCGAGCCAAUAUCCUCCAAGACACAAUUUACCUUGACGGCGGCGGCCUUUGGUUGCAGCAGGGAUUUGAAGAUGGCUGUGUCAAUCAUGUUGAUGAUGGCAAUUUUGGGGGCUACAUCUAUUCUCUCAACCUCUCGACGCCGUUCAACACUACUUCCGAUUUCAUGAGUGUCAUUCAUAAUGAAACAAUCGCCGGUGGUACUGCCAAUAAUCUGGCCCCCAAUCACAGGGAUGGUGUGAUGUUCUCAAAUCAGAACGAGUUUUACCUCUACGGAGGAUUGUCUCGCUUGACCAAAAGCAGUGAUACAUCGCCUGCUAAUGAGGUUCUGGGAUAUGAAGGCUACCAAUAUGGCGCCUACCGCAAUAAUUGGGGGCCCGGUUGGCACAGAGAGAACCUCCCUACCAAUCUCACUCGGUUUAUCACCAACGGCGCCGGUGUCUCAGCACCAAGCGAGAACUUGGGUUUCUACUUCAGUGGUAUGCGCGCAAAAGAUUGGGGCCCGAUCACAUACGAUCAGUACAACUCCAACGUCACAGCCGACACGCUGAUCACUGUUGAUAUGUCCACGAUGGGCGACGCCAGUUGGACAAAUGCUACACUCCCCCCUGAAAUCCAAGGACGUUCAAAUGCAGAGCUGGUCUGGGUGCCUGUGUCAGAUUCCGGGGUCUUGGUGGCUAUUGGAGGAGUCAUAAACCCGGUUCAGUUCUGGCCAAACACUGGGCUGAAUUCUAGACAAACUGCAGAGACCAAGAAAGUCAGCCCGACCUUUAUGGAGACAGUCUCCGUCUACGAUAUCAAGAGUCAGAAGUGGUAUCUGCAGAACACAACAGGCGAUACGCCACCUCAAUUGACACAGUUCUGCUCUGUCUUGGCUAGCGCAUCGGAUGGCUCUUCGCAUAACAUCUACAUCUAUGGAGGGUACAACGGCAUUGAGUUGGACAACAAUCCCUCGGAUGAUGUUUACAUUCUGUCUCUGCCUUCCUUCACGUGGAUCAAGGCCCACACCGGCGCAACCACACACGGUCGCAGCGGACACCGCUGCAUCAAAGUAUAUCCAGACCAGAUGCUGUCGCUUGGAGGCGUUCGUGUUGGCUCAACCGACUGUCUGGAAGGAGGCGUCAUUGUCAACUUCAAUUUAAACAAUCUGACAUUUGUGGAUAACUACGAUCCAAAGAAGUGGAGCGAGUAUAAAGUGCCAGACAUUGUGACGGCGAAGAUCGGUGGACGCUCCUCCGGAGGCGCAACAACUACCGCCCCCUCAUCAUGGACCAAUUCCUCACUAGCCGCCAUCUUUGCCACGAAAUACACCAAGACGAUCAAGACCUACUGGCCCUAUAACAGCUCCAAUAGUACAAGUACAAGCACCGCCGAUACAACAGAUCACAAGAGCAGUGGUCUACCCAAGUGGGCUGCCGCAGUGAUCGGUGUUCUUGUUGGUCUUUUCGUAAUCGGCCUCCUCAUCUUCGGGUGGUGGUUCUGGCGUCGUCGUCAACGCCGUCAACGUCCUGAGAGCGUUCCACCAACCUUUGGCAAGACAGGCGGUGCAAGGGAGGCCGAUAGCACCGAAGUGAGUCAGUUAAUGUACGGCAGCGGUCCAACCUCUCCAAUCCCUGGACCACAGUCGACAUCAACGGGCUUGGAGUCCAGGGCCAACGAGUCCUCCGUGCAAGAUUCCGUGCUCACGUCGGUUUCGCCACGAACCGUGGAAUCAGGAGGAGGAACAGUCUAUGAAAUGCAUGACUCCUCACCCAUCGAACUCGCCACACCCUUCAACGUCGUCUCCGACACACCCGCUACGUCUCCAGCCUCGACUCCAAUGCGGUCCCCAGUUUCCCCAUCAACGCCCGAACCCGAUGUAACACAGGCCACUAGACCAGGGCACUACCGCAGUCCGUCCACAGCAUCCAGUGUUCCAUCCCUGUCUAUUGACAACGUCAUCACGGGUCGACAGUCGUAUUUCCAGGAGUCUUUUGAUACCAACAAGAAUAUCUCGCGGGCUCGUCAUGGCUCAGAGAUCUCGGAGGCAAGUAUUAGUGAAGAGGAGAAGACACAGAUCAGGGGCGAGACGAUUCCUGAAGAUGAAUUGUAUAUUCGCAGUGGAGUCUAA